GAAUCCGCGCGUGAGAUUUGAGAAGGGGAUGUGAUUUGUCGGAUCGAUCUACAGGAACCCAAGAGUGGAAAGACACACAGUUUUUACCAAUCUGAAGAGAAUAGAGAAUCCGAGUAGUAUAUAUCAUUAAUUACAAUGCGAUUGGAUUAACAGGUGGAUUGUUUUCAGAAAUUGGAAAUUGUUGAUAAUUGAAUAAGACUGUUGUGGAAAAAGGGAAAAAUCGGAAUUGGAGAAGGACUGGGUAGGGGAAGAAGAAAUUUGGAAAAUGAAGGGCGGGUAUGGGGGUUCAUCGUACUCCUUUGCAACAAAGAGACGAUGGAAAGGUCUGGUCAUGGCUGUUCUGGGUCUCGUGUUUCUUUCCAUGCUGGUUUCGCUAAUUUUCUUGCUCGGACUCCAUAAUGGUUUUCUCUCAUCGGCUGGAUAUGCUACUGAGCAACCUAAUUCAGCUACAAAACAUUUAAGAGUUUAUGAUCAACACAGCAGUGCUGACACCAGAAACCUAUCAAAGAGAAACCAGUCAACACACGUGGAUGACCUUAUAAGAAGAUUGGUUCCAACUCGUCCGAAGAAUGUGGGGGAGAAUCCUGUCACAGAAGCUGAGAAUGAAACUUAUGGCCUCCCUACAGCUACUGAUUCGCCCAAACUACAGCAGAAAAAUAAUACUGGACUUGCUGUUACAGAUGAUGCUGGUAAGAAUUUUAGAGGUGCUGAUGAAAGUGAAAAUCUGUGUGAGUUGAAAUAUGGGAGUUACUGUAUAUGGCGCCGAGAACAUAGGGAAAAAAUGAAAGACGCUGUAGUGAAGAAGAUGAAGGACUUACUUUAUGUCGCUCGUGCUUAUUAUCCAAGUAUUGCAAAGCUUCCAGCAUUUGACAAGUUGUCACAUGAAAUGAAGCAAAAUAUUCAGGAUUUUGAACGUGUUUUUAGUGAAGCUUCGACAGACAAAGAUCUUCCUCUUCAAAUUGGGAAGAGGCUAACCAAGAUGGAGGCAGCAAUAGCCAAAGCAAAGUCAUGCCCUGUGGACUGUAAUAAUGUUGAUAAGAAAUUAAGACAACUGGUUGAUCUGACGGAGGAUGAAGCUAAUUUCCACAGGAAGCAAAGUGCCUUCCUCUACCAACUUGCAGUUCAAACCAUGCCAAAGAGUCUCCAUUGUCUCUCCAUGCGGUUAACUGUAGAGUAUUUUAGAUCUCCACAUGAUUUGGAGCAGUCAUUGUCUGAGAAAGUUUUAAAUCCAGACUUGCACCACUAUGUUAUAUUCUCCAGGAAUCUACUUGCUUCAUCUGUAGCAAUCAACUCGACUGUACAGAAUACGGAAGAAAGUGAGAAACAGGUUUUUCAUGUCCUGACAGACAGGGAAAAUUACUUUGCUAUGAAAUUAUGGUUUUUCAUUAACAAGUAUCGGGAAGCCACAGUUCAGGUUUUGAAUAUUGAAGAUCUUAAGUUGAAUAAUCACUAUAAGUUGGCUCCAUUGCAUCUAUCAUUGCCUGAAGAAUUUCGUGUUUCUUUUCUUAGAGUUGACAAACUCUCUAGUUAUCAGAUUAGAACUGAGUACCUAUCAAUAUUUUCACAUUCCCAUUAUCUCCUUCCUAAGAUAUUUCCAACUUUGAAGAAAAUUGUGGUUUUGGACGAUGACAUCCUCACUCAAAGAGACUUAUCAGAACUUUGGAGCGUUGACAUGGGUGGAAAAGUGAUUGGUGCUGUGCAGUUCUGUGCAGUGAAGUUGGGGCAGCUGAAAAAUUAUUUGCCUAGGUACAGUUUCUCAGAAAAUUCUUGUGCUUGGAUAUCUGGAGUAAACAUUAUUGAUUUAUCCAGAUGGAGGGAACAUAAUCUUACUGAAACAUUCCAGAGGUUGGUGCAAGAGAGCAGAUGAGCACAGAAGAAGGAUUAUCUGAAGCUACUGCACUAAGUGCAAGUAUGCUCACCUUUCAAGGUCAAGUUUAUGCUCUUGAUGACAGUUGGAUGUUAUCAGGCCUGGGCCUUAAUUAUGGUCAUGAAGACGAUGCCCUGAGGACAGCAGCGGUUUUGCAUUUCAAUGGAAACAUGAAACCGUGGCUCGAGCUUGGCAUUCCUAAAUACAAAAGUUCUUGGAGGAAGUUUCUGAACCUACAAAAUCAGUUCUUGAGUGAUUGCAAUGUAAAUCCUUAGAUGCCAAAUCACCAUGUUUCUGAAGUUGCAGCAUAUGGGAUAUUCAAAGCAGGAAGACGACGUUCCCUUAUGUGCGCUGAUCAAAAUAUUCUUUGUUCAAGCUGAGGUAAUCAUGGCAAGUACGAGCCGCAAUGAAUUUGACAUAUUUCGAAUUCAUGGACGAUAAAAGAAGAAAAACUAUUCUUACUUUCGGCAAGGCCCGAAGCAUAGGACGAUUCUUGCAGUAGUCAAAUUUGCUACGAUUGGAAAACGUUUUAUGAAGUUAGACAUACCUAUCUGAUGCAUUUGGAAAACGCAUCUGAGUAAGGGUAGAGUUCACUUAUACUAAAUGGAGAGAAGUAAUGACAGUAGAUUUUGUAGAAAAUAUUUUUUUUUUUAUGUUUGCUUCUUGAAGGAUUAGUUGUCAUUUGUGCAACAAUAACUUGAGGAGAAAAUUUAAUUGUUCAGUUCU